CCAUCGUCAUCGACAGACACUACUCCAUCAAUCACAGCCAGCACCUAGCUGCUAGCGUCAUCCAUCCAUGGACAUGGAGCGUCGUCGAGAUGACCUCCGUUUCAUAGAAGAAGACAACGACGGCCACCGAGCGGCGGCGGCAAGCUUCCACCACGACGUCUUCCUCUCCCUAUCCUGCGGCUCCUCCUCCUCCGGGGAAGCAGCAGGCAGCACGCCACCACGAACACGCCGUCGCUGGCGGCGGCGAGGGCAGGCGUUCGCUUGCACGACGUGCGGGCGGCAGUUCGCAACGUUCCAGGCGCUGGGCGGCCACCGGACCAGCCACCUCCGGCGACCCACGGCGAAGCCGAAGCGAGUGGUGGCGCACGCGUGUGGCACGUGUGGGCUGGGCUUCGCGACGGGCCAGGCCCUUGGUGGCCACAUGAGGAGGCACCGAUGGGCUGCUGGUCCGGCUAUGGGUCCUGGUGAUUUGGACCUCACCCAGGUCAUCGUGCUCAAGGAAAGGCCCAGUUCAACCUCCUUGCAGCUACUCGAUCUGUUCGUGUAGAUCAAGCAAAAAAAGAAUAAUCCUGUAUAUAUUAUAUACCUACUAGUAGGUUUUCAGUCUAAAAUAAAAUGUUCACAGUUGUGACAAAUAAUGUGUGUAUACUAUAUAUAGCAGCCGUAUGAAUAUAUUUUUCAUUAUAAUUUGA